ACAUUAAAGGUCUGGGGCCCUUUACAGACAGGACGUGCCAGUUCGCGACGUAUGCAGACCCCAGGAACUCUGUAUGAGGAAUUUCCACAUACCCGCUUUUGGAUAUUACUAUAUACCUUCACGUCGAAGUACUACGCAGUAGUACUAACCAUCCCCUUCCAUUCUGCCUUCACCACCUGUGCAUAGUUGAUCAUGAAUCGCAUAUUUGGCUCUUCUUCAACCAAGAAGCCAAAGCCGACGCUCCAGGAUGCUAUCAACGCAACAGAUGCACGCGUUGCCUCCGUAGAAGUAAAGAUCAGGAAGUUAGAUGGGGAGCUUUUGCGCUAUAAGGAGCAAAUGAGCAAACUGCGCAGUGGACCUGGUAAAAAUGCGAUCCAACAACGAGCUUUGAGAGUACUGCAACAGAAGAAGCUGUAUGAAGGGCAACUGAACCAGCUCCAGCAGCAGACAUUCAAUAUGGAAUCCGCUGCUCUCACCACCGAUAACCUACGGAAUACGAUGGCCACUGUGGAUGCCAUGAAACUGGCGAACAAGGAGAUGCGUAAACAGUACGGAAAGAUUGAUAUUGACAAGAUUGAGAAUAUGCAUUAUGAUAUGGAAGAGCUUCUGGAACAGGCAAAUGAGAUACAAGAAUCACUAGGUCGGUCAUACGCCGUUCCAGAUGAGAUUGACGAAGCAGAUCUUGAGGCUGAAUUGGAUGCCUUACAGCUCGAGGAAGAGGAAGAAGGUCCCUCAUAUCUUGCAGACCUCAACAAGGUCCCAGAUUUCCUCGAUGAUACUCCUGUAGAGACAAGCGAGCCAACCACAAAGGAGGCCGUUAAGACUACAUGAUGGGCUUUUGAAGUUUGUAUUGUGCCUGUCUCCUUAAAGACAUGUAUCCUGCGGUAAUAAUGUACACUA